GGAGUGGAGCACACGUGUGAAUCCUGGGGGUGCUGCGACCCGGGUCAAGAGUCGGGCCGGCCUUUCUCUGUUUCAGGCAGCCCUGCCUUCGCAGGCAAAGCCCAGCAGCUCCGUCCAGUCCACGCAUCAGAACUAGCGGUUAUACAGUUGCAACAGAGCAGCUGCGUCGAGACUUGUGUGAAAGGACAGAGGUAAUGUGAGAAGAGCCCUGUUUGAACCAAGCUGAGGCUGUGUAGUCUAGUAUCCUGGCCAUCCAGAUGUAGCCUCUAGGAAAGUGAAGUGCAAGGACAGCAGUCUUCCCCUGUUGUACAACUGCCUCUGCAACAAGUAUUGUGGUAGACUGCCUCUGGAUGUGGAAGCUCAUCCUUAGCUAUGAUGCCAGCGAACGUGGAGAUCAAGGCACGGGUGCGGGACUUGGCACAGCUCCUACGUAAUGCUGAGCGGGCAAGUGGAUCGCCAGGCUGUGUCAUUGCCCAGACCGACACGUUCUUCUCUGUUCCCUGUGGACGACUGAAACUCCGGGACUUCAGGGAUGGCCGUGGGCAGCUGAUAUUUUAUGACCGUCCCAACUUGGAAGGCCCCAAGCUCUCUCAGUAUGCCAUCUCGCCCACUGAUGAUCCUGCUGGGCUUGUGGCAGUGCUGUCCCAGGCCCUCGGGGUGCGGGGCGUGGUCCAGAAGCAGCGCCGCCUCUAUAUGGUGGGCCAGACCCGCAUCCAUGUGGAUCAUGUGGAAGGGUUGGGGGACUUCAUGGAACUGGAGGUGGUGUUGCAGGAGCAGCAGAGCCCCCAGGACGGUGAGCAAGUCGCCCGGCAGCUGAUGGAGGAUCUGGGUGUGCGGGAGGAGGAUCUGCUCACUGGCGCCUACCUGGACUUUCUGCUGGCAAGAGCGGAGGCCCGUCCGUGAUGCUGGACCACCCGGGCCCAUUCAGAGGGGGAUUCCCUGUAUUUGUAAAUAGAUGGACUGACCCAUUAAAAGGGGUGUUUUGGAAUUUCA